AUGUAAUCAGGAAAAAAAAUAUCAAAAGAACACAAAGAGAGGUGCUGAUAAAAAUAUAGUAAAAAUUGCCUUUUCUGCAACUCUAUUUUUUAUUUAUUUAACUUAAUUUUCAAAAUCCUCCUUCCCUUAAUAUUUCGGUUUGAAUUUAUACAAAUAAAAUUGCCUGUUAUCUUCCAUAUUCUGCACUCGAAAGUCGUAGCUCUAGUGAAAUUAUUUUACCCUAAUCUCAUCUGUUACGCAGUGCACUAUUUUUCUUUGAUUAUUUUGUAUUUAGAAUAAAAUCCCAUAGUUGCCAAAAAAUCCAAGAACAAAAAUAAAACAAACGAUUUGAAAACAUGGGAAACGCAGGGAGUGCAAACAUUGCCCGAGAACGCCACAAGUCUGCCGAUAGUACUACACCAAGUUCACCAUUUCGCGACAACUCCGGUGGUGUCCUUGGGGGUGGUGCUGGUGGCGUUGCUAACAACAACGCAAUAGGCGGUGGUGUGGGUGGGCAGGCGUUUGUUUUUGACAAGAAACCAGACACGCGCCUAGUACUCCAUGGAACGUCACAGGACGACGAAGAACAACCAUACUAUACAAAGCCAGUAUCGUCGUCAAUUCACGACGACUCUGAAUUUGCCACGCCAGCUCCGAGGCAACGUUCUAGCACCGUGUCAGAAGGAACAACUCCAACGGCAAUGUCAGCCAGUUUAGCUGAAGCUGAGGACGACCCCAAUAAGCCAGCACUGCCAACUGUUUUGCGUUGGGAUGGCGGUGGUAAGCAAGUUCUCAUCAGUGGUACUUUUACAAAUUGGAAAACAUUGCCAAUGGUCAGGAGUCAUGGGAAUUUUGUGACUAUUAUUGAUCUGCCCGAGGGUGAUCAUCAGUACAAGUUUUGUGUGGACGGCGAAUGGAAACAUGAUCCCAAAUUGAAAAGCAUUGAUGAUCCCAGUGGAAUAAAGAACAAUCUAGUUUCCGUUCGCCAAUCGGACUUUGAAGUUUUCCAAGCUCUCGCUAAGGAUAGCGAAAACGUCAUAAAUUAUGCCGAAAGAGAAUACUCUCAAGAGGUGCCCCAGGCAAAGCCAUGGGAAAAAGUAUCCGGACCGCCAGUUUUGCCGCCACAUCUACUCCAAGUUAUUCUAAACAAGGAUACUCCAGUAUCUUGCGAGCCAACUUUGCUUCCUGAACCAAAUCAUGUGAUGUUAAAUCACCUGUACGCUCUCUCCAUAAAAGACGGUGUCAUGGUACUUAGUGCUACACAUCGCUAUCGAAAGAAAUACGUUACGACUCUCCUAUAUAAGCCAAUCUAAGAGAAGUUCUUUACUUUUAUGUUUUUCUUUUAACUUUAAUGAGUCUAGCAAAACCAAAUUGUUUGCAAUUCGCAUUAAGGCAAAGUUAUACCUUGCGUAUCUUAAAAUAACUAAUCAUAGAUCAUAACGAGUAUUUUCUGAAUAAAACAAAAAUUAAAAAAUUGCUUUUGCCAGCAAUUCCUUAAAUGCUUAAAAUGUAAAAUAGAUUGAACAUAAUAAUAGAAUGCGCUUCGAUAAAAUGAUUAAAAAAUGUUCUUUCGACGAAAUUGAUCAUUUUAAAUUAUACAAUCUGUAUGAAAACAAUUGAAGUGCAAUUGAAAAAAUGUAUUGUUUUAUUUUUGUUUAAUAUUAUUUAAAAAAAAAUAUGCCCUCUCCAAUAAAAAUGAAUAAAUAUGUAUUUUAAAAUAUAAAUGACAA